UAGAAAAAAGCAACAACAGUGAGAAGAACAAAAACAAAAAGCGAUCGCAGCAUGUAAACAAAUUCGACAACGCACGGCAAAUUAACAUAAUUAAGGUGCGCGCAUAAUGAUCAAAUGACAACGUGAGAGAUAUCGAUAUUGAAACCGAACGCAGAGGCAACAACUAAAAGUACAACAACAACAACAACCACAACAGCAUCAGCGCUCACACACAUGAAGGAGCAUUGUCAAAAGCCGACAUCAUUGUACAACAAACAGAAAACAAAUAAAUAAAAUAAAAGGCGCUGCAGUCAAAAGGCCAAAAACUGGAAAUCAUCAACACUAUAAUAUGCAAAUGAGUUACACUUCACGACACCAAUAACAACAACAGCAACAGCAACAACAACAGCUGCAGCAGCAGCAGCAACAGCUGUAACAACACCAACAACGACAAUAUUAGUAACAAAGACUGGUGAUGACGAUGACAUUAGCAGCACGGUAACUUGCAGCAACAACAACAAGAGCUGCCGCAUAGUGCAUUGCAUAAGCCACACGCGUUGUGAGGUGAGACCGACAAUCAACAAACGACGGCGACGACCACGACGACGACCUCAUUUUGAAAAAUCGCAAUCGUCGCGCAUUGACAAGUGAGCAAAGCAGCAGCGGCAGCAGCACCAACAGUCAACGAUUGAGGAGCGUCAAACGAAGCCGAAACAUAACAACAACAACAACAACAACAGUAAUAGCAGAUGAUUCAAACAACAUUCAUUUGUUUGCAUUUGAAAGCAAUUUGUGUGUGCGCGCUCGACUCGGCUACUUGGCUACCGACAUUCGCCAAUUUGCAUAAAAACUCAAACUUCAACUCCAACUCCAACGCAUGCCCCGACACCAGAAAUUGAACCUCAACUUCACAAACUCAAGUGAACUCGGCAUUACGUAUACGCAACGUGUGACCAGGCGGCAGACAGGCACAACAACAACAACAACAACAAUAACAACAUGCACUUGCUGGACUUGCUGAGUCAGGUGUGUGUCAAUAUCUUUGACAUUUUCAAAAUCUACCUCAAGUUCGCAUUCAUCACGCUGGUCAUUUACUUUGUGGCCGAAUGGUAUGUUCUCCGCUAUGGAGCCGAGCUUGAGGCUCAGCUGGAUGCCGCCGUCGCGGCUGAGGCCAGAGGUGCGGAGCGGCCAGCCGCGAACAGUACACUGAACAAGGUGUAUCGAUUCAUAUUGAACUUUUUAAUUGCCUAAAUCUCUUUGCGCCGAAAAAAAAAGUAGUUUGAUCAAGAUUCGAUUGUUGUCGAUUACAUAAUUAAUGAAUAUUUAUGUAAAUAAGGCUAAGAAGACUAACAUAAUUCAUUCACUAAUUUAUAAACGUCGCUCCCAAGUCACUAGAGAUUAAUAGCUUGGGCUUGAAAAUACUAUAUGAGACGAUGUUAAGGAAAAUUAAACCCAUUAAUGUUGAAAUAUUCUCCUCAAAGUUGCUAUUAUUUCUCAAUAUUCUGAUAAGACUUUUUGAUUUCAAUUCAGGCCAAGUGAUCUGUUUACAAAGUGGUUUUGUGCAGUGCAAGAUCCAUGGCACAUGAUGUGAGCUGCUGAUAGCUAUUGAAAUGUUUAUAUAAUAGAACCGAUAAUCGGGACCAUAAAACAGUAGAACCACAAAUGAAAAAUUACCCCAUCAAGAAACUGCUGAUGCUCCUGAUGUAAUCACACACUAAUAAUAUUUAGCAAUAACACAUAUUUUUGGAUCAAUACACACAAAAAUAUAUGUGUUUUUAUAAUACAACAAGAGAGAACGCUACAGUCGAGAAAGGGGGGGUUGCACUGGAGAGAAUUUGUAUCUCUAAUAACUUUUCUUAGA